AUGUCUCCCGCUGGAUAUCCACCGGUACAAUGCAAAGUUUCAUUUGCUGAUAUCUUUAAAAGCACAAGGACGCUUCGGGAGGAGGUUGCGGCUGCAGCUUUGCGGAGGUCUGUAUUGGAAGCAAACAAGAAGAAGCCUGAAGAAGCGGCACCAUCUUCAGUACCUCCAAAGGAAUCUGGUCCUACGCCGCCUGAGUCUGAGAAACAGGAUACGAAGCCUACUGCCACCCCUGCCGCUCCAAAUAAUGUAUUAGAAUGGACUACGGAACAGGAUUUCCAACUACUGAAGAUGAAGGCUGAACAUUCAUCUUGGAAAAGUAUAUCAGCAUCGAUCGGGAAACCAGUCUUUGCGCUGAAGGCCCGGUGGGAAGGAAUUCAACCAAAAGUUAAGGAUUCAAAAGAAUCACGAAAAACCCACGAGGAAACGAAGCCUGAUAAGCCAGAAGGGUCCGAAAAACCCAAUGGCCCCAAGGUAUCGUUUUCAGAGCCGCUGACUACGUCCAACAAUGACGGCGCGCGAGAGAGUGACGGUAAAGUGCUUUACCUCGACGAGGCGUUUACACUCGAGGAUGUCGUUCUUCUGAAUCAGAUCGCAGCGAAAUAUGAGGAGGACAAAUGGAUCCGGGUCAGUUCGCGGUUCUUCGAUAAAACGGGGAAGCGACUUCCAGCCAGCAUUCUCAAGAAGCACGUUCGGACGGAAUGA